AUGCCGGUGCUGUCCACCGCCCGGCCCUCGCGGGUGACCACGCUGAAGCGCACAGCCGUGGUCGUGGCUCUCACGGCCUAUGGAGUCCACAAAAUCUACCCUCUGGUGCGGCAGUGCCUGGCUCCAGCCAGGGGCCCUCAGGUGCCAAGGGGGGAGCCCACGCAGGAGGCUUCCGGGGCCACAGCAGCCAAAGCUGGCAUGAACCGAGUCUUCCUGCAGCGACUCCUGUGGCUCCUGCGGCUGCUGUUCCCCCGGGUCCUGUGCAGGGAGACGGGGCUGCUGGCCCUGCACUCUGCUGCCCUGGUAAGCCGGACUUUCCUGUCGGUGUAUGUGGCCCGCCUGGACGGAAGACUGGCCCGCUGCAUCGUGCGCAAGGCCCCACGGGCGUUCAGCUGGCAGCUGCUGCAGUGGCUCCUCAUCGCCCUCCCUGCCACCUUCAUCAACAGUGCCAUCCGCUACCUGGAGGGCCAGCUGGCCCUGUCUUUCCGCAGCCGGCUGGUGGCCCAUGCCUACAGCCUCUACUUCUCCCAGCAGACCUACUACCGGGUCAGCAACAUGGACGGGCGACUUCGCAACCCGGACCAGUCUCUGACAGAGGACGUGGUGGCUUUCGCGGCCUCUGUGGCCCACCUCUACUCCAACCUGACCAAGCCACUCCUGGACGUGGCCGUGACCUCCUACACCUUGCUUCGAGCGGCCCGCUCCCGCGGCGCGGGCACAGCCUGGCCCUCGGCCAUUGCCGGCCUCGUGGUGUUCCUCACGGCCAACGUGCUGCGGGCCUUCUCGCCCAAGUUUGGGGAGCUGGUGGCAGAGGAGGCACGGCGGAAGGGAGAGCUGCGGUACAUGCACUCUCGUGUGGUGGCCAACUCAGAGGAGAUCGCCUUCUAUGGGGGCCAUGAGGUGGAGCUGGCACUGCUGCAGCGCUCCUACCAAGACCUGGCCUCGCAGAUCCACCUCAUCCUGCUGGAACGCCUGUGGUACGUCAUGCUGGAGCAGUUCCUCAUGAAAUACGUGUGGAGCGCCUCGGGCCUGCUCAUGGUGGCCGUCCCCAUCAUCACUGCUACUGGCUACUCGGAAUCAGACUCGGAAGCUGUGAAGAAAGCGGCCUUGGCGAAGAAGGAGGAGGAGCUGGUGAGUGAGCGCACAGAGGCGUUCACCAUUGCCCGCAACCUGCUCACGGCUGCUGCAGACGCCAUCGAGCGGAUCAUGUCCUCAUACAAGGAGGUGACGGAGCUGGCCGGCUACACAGCCCGGGUUCACGAGAUGUUCCAGGUAUUUGAAGAUGUUCAGCACUGUCGUUUCAAGAGGCCUGGGGAACCGGAAGAUGCUCAGAUCGGGAGUGGGACUGUGGCACGGUCUGGUGUUCGAGUGGACACACCCCUGAAGAUCCGAGGCCAGGUGGUAGAUGUGGAGCAGGGGAUCAUCUGUGAGAACAUCCCCAUCAUCACGCCCACAGGAGAGGUGGUAGUGGCAAGCCUCAACAUCAGGGUGGAGGAAGGCAUGCAUCUGCUCAUCACGGGCCCCAACGGCUGCGGCAAGAGCUCCUUGUUCCGGAUCCUUGGUGGGCUGUGGCCCACCUACGGGGGUGUGCUCUACAAGCCCCCGCCCCAGCGCAUGUUCUACAUCCCGCAGAGACCCUACAUGUCCGUGGGCUCCUUGCGUGACCAAGUGAUCUACCCCGACUCGGUGGAGGACAUGCGCAGGAAAGGCUACUCGGAGCAGCACCUGGAAGCCAUCCUGGAUGUGGUGCACUUGCACCACAUCCUGCAGCGGGAAGGAGGCUGGGAAGCGGUGUGUGACUGGAAGGACGUCCUCUCGGGAGGAGAGAAGCAGAGGAUCGGCAUGGCCCGCAUGUUCUACCACAAGCCCAAGUACGCGCUCCUGGAUGAAUGCACCAGCGCCGUAAGCAUCGACGUGGAAGGCAAGAUCUUCCAGGCGGCCAAGGACGCCGGCAUCGCACUGCUGUCCAUCACGCACCGGCCCUCCCUGUGGAAGUACCACACACACCUGCUCCAGUUUGACGGGGAAGGAGGCUGGAAGUUUGAGAAGCUGGACUCGGCCGCCCGCCUGAGCCUGACCGAGGAGAAGCAGCGGCUGGAGCAGCAGCUGGCCGGCAUCCCCAAGAUGCAGCGACGCCUCCAGGAGCUGUGCCAGAUCCUGGGCGAGGCCGUGACCCCAGGCCAGCUGGCGGCCCCCAGCCUCCCGGGCCCUGGGGUCCCCACCUGA